CUCAAAUGCCGCUGAUGAAAUAUUUGACAAUUAUGACAUGUGUUUUUCUUGUUGCUUGUUGCGGUGGCAAUAACCUAAAAUCUUACUAGAUUUUAAUGGUUUUGAAAAAUAUAUCGUAUUAGAAGUAAUUCUCUAUCAGAAAUACACAUACCAGUGAAAAUUUGCAAUUACUUUAAAAAUGUCUGAUCAUAAAACUAUAGAAGAAAGGACGGUGCAGGCAGAAAGGGAAGCACAGGCAAUAGAAGAAGAAUUAGACAAGAUAUCUCGAGGAGAUCUCAGUUACAUCGGUGACCCUCGGCUGGAAAAGCUAUCCACUGAGAAUGAGAAACUUAAACACCGCUUAGUUAUUUUAGAAAAUGCGAUUAAAGCUGAAUGUUCUGGGUCUAAGUCAACAGCUGUUCAAAAGGAACCCAAAAAACGUCCUACCUUAAUCACUGACGUCAACUCCGUUGAAGGCAACAUAUGUUUAGUGGAUGAGCUGAAAAACAUCUUCGAAGUGGCCAUUACAUCUGCCUACCCUGACUUGGAGGAUCCCCCUGUUGUUAUUACUUUGUCUGGCAACAACCCUAAAUUCGGCGACUACCAGUGCAAUUCAGCUAUGGCAAUCUCACAACUGUUAAAAGCUAAGAAUGUUAAGACUAACCCCCGAGAAGUGGCCAAUAACAUCUUGAACAAGACCCCAACAUCACCUUUCAUUGAGCGGAUGGAAGUGGCUGGUGCUGGGUUCUUAAACAUCUACAUCAAUAAAAUGAUGGCUGAACACAUUUUGAACUGUAUACUAAGGUUUGGAGUAAAACCUCCUCCAGUGAAAAGGGAAAAGAUAAUUGUUGAUUUUUCAUCUCCUAACAUUGCUAAAGAGAUGCAUGUUGGACACUUGAGGUCUACUAUCAUUGGAGAAAGCAUUUGUCGUAUACUGGAGUUCUUGGGUCAUGAUGUCCUAAGAAUUAAUCACUUAGGAGACUGGGGAACACAGUUUGGAAUGUUGAUUGCUCAUCUGCAAGAUAAAUUCCCUAAUUAUAAGACUCAUUCACCACCAAUCUCAGAUCUGCAAGCUUUCUAUAAAGAAUCUAAGAAAAGGUUUGAUGAAGAUGAAGAAUUUAAGAAGCGAGCUUAUGCCUGUGUAGUGCAAUUGCAAUCACACCAAGCUGACUACAUCUCUGCAUGGAAACUGAUUUGUGAUGUGUCGCGACAAGAGUUUCAGAAAAUUUAUGACCGUCUGGACAUCAGUAUCAUUGAUCGAGGGGAAUCUUUCUACCAAGAAAGGAUGGAUGUUGUGGUAAAGCAGCUAAAAGAUGGUGGGUACUUAGAAGAAGAUGAAGGCAGGCUAAUUAUGUGGGGUAACCCUGAUAAACAUGAAGGUAUACCACUUACAGUUGUAAAGUCUGAUGGAGGCUUUACCUAUGAUACAUCUGAUAUGGCCACCAUAAAGCAGAGGGUAGAGGAAGAAAAAGGUGACAGGUUUAUUUAUGUUACUGAUGCUGGCCAGGCCACACAUUUUGUAAUCAUAGAGGCUUGUGCACGCAGGGCUGGUAUCUUGAAGAAUAACCAGAAGUUGGAACAUGUUGGUUUUGGUGUUGUCUUAGGAGAGGACAAGAAGAAAUUCAAAACAAGAUCUGGUGACACUAUAAAAUUAAUUGAAUUACUUGAUGAAGGUUUGAAGAGGUCUAUGGAUAAACUGGUUGAGAAGGGACGAGACAAAGUCUUGUCACCUGAAGAGCUGAAGCAGGCCCAAGAAGCAAUUGCUUAUGGAUGUAUUAAAUAUGCUGAUCUCUCACACAACAGGAUUAAUGAUUACAUAUUCUCCUUUGAUAAGAUGUUGGAUGACAAAGGCAACACUGCCGUCUAUCUCUUGUAUGCUUUGACUAGAAUCCGGUCAAUAGCAAGGACUGCACAGAUCUCGCAGGAGCAGCUGAUGGCUGAGGUUGAAAAGUCUGGCUUUAAGUUUGGCCAUGAAGCUGAAUGGAAACUAGGAAAAGUAUUACUAAGGUUCCCAGAAAUCAUAUUGAAAGUAGCCAGUGAUCUGUACCUGCACAGCUUGUGUGAAUAUUUGUAUGAAAUAUCAUCUGCAUUCACUGAGUUUUACGACAAGUGUUAUUGUGUUGAGAAGGAUAAGGAAGGUAAGAUUGUCAAGAUUAUUUAUGAAAGGCUGAUGUUAUGUGAAAUCACUGCCAGGGUCAUGGAGAAAUGCUUAGACAUCUUAGGAAUCAAAACAGUAUCCAAAAUGUAAAACUACUCUAAGUAGGUACUCACUAGUUUUAGGCAUAUCACAAUUUUAAUUUAUACCACUAACAAUUUAUAAGCAAUGCCUAAAGGUUUGUAUUAAUAAAUAAUAAGAGUAAAUUGUUUGUAAAAUUUUAUUUAUUGAGUUCCCAAAAACCUCUACAAAACUAUACCAGGGUCCGAUAUCAAAGGUAACUUCAUGUUCAUAACACUAUCUGUUAGAAAAAUUAUAUAGAAUAGUCACUGGUUUUAUUUGUAAAGCAGGAAACAUAUUGGACAGAAUUCAUAAUUAUUUAGAUGUAUUUAACAUUAUGCAUCUAAAAUUGAGUUAAAUGUUUGAUAGGAUAUCAAUAAAAAUGUCUAUACUUGAGUACAUAACCUCUAUGCAUCUUAAUACAUAGACUUCG